AUGGACACAAAAUCACCUAUAAUCCUCAUACUCUUCUUCGCAAUCCCAGCUCUAUGCACCAACCCACCGGAGCCUGAUUACUGCGACCCAUCCAUCGGUCCCGAAGUCCGCUUCCCUUUCCGGCUGGCUGACCGGUCCCCCAACCGGCGCGGCUACCCGGGCUUCGACCUGUACUGCAACAGCGACAACCAGACGAUCCUCAACCUCCCGGAAUCCGGCGACUUCGUGGUGGACCACAUAGACUACUCUGCCCAAGCCCUGCUCAUCAACGACCCUGAUUCGUGCCUCCCGGCCCGAAUCCUCAACUUCAGCCUAUCGGGCUCGCGCUUCCGGGGCAUCAACACCCGGAAUUUCACCUUCCUCAACUGCUCGUCCGACUACAGCCCGGCCCGAUUCAUGCCCCUGCUCUGCCUCAGCGGGAGGAAUUAUACGGUUGUGGCCGUGAAUUCGCACCUGCCAGCGGCGUCAGCGGAGGUGCCGCCGGGUUGCCGGAGAAUCUCCUCCGCCCUGGUGCCGAUGCAGUGGACGGUGUCGCCGUUCUACUGGUCGUCGAUGGAUCUUAUGGAUGAUCUGGAGCUGGUUUGGAGCCAGCCCGAAUGUUGGAGGUGUGAGAGUGAGGAUGGGGUUUGCGGGCUCAGGAGAGGUGCCAAAUAUGGCAUCAUAGUCGGAGUUGGAAUACCCGGGCUAGUGUGCAUAAUUGGACUAGCAUGUUACGCUUGCGGCAUUGUCCGGGCUUCCACCCUCCGGCGACAAUUAAACUCCGACCUACCCAACACAUUUUCUGAUCAAUGGCCCACCAUUAGGUCUGUUAAUGGGCUCGACCGGCCUACUAUCGAGUCAUAUCCAACCACUAUUCUUGGAGAGAGUCGUCGGCUCCCAAAACCGAGCGAUGGCACCUGCCCCAUUUGCCUGUCUGAUUAUCAACCUAAGGAGACACUAAGGAGUAUUCCCGAGUGCAACCAUUAUUUUCACGCGGAAUGCAUAGACGAGUGGCUCAAGCUCAACAGGAGUUGUCCCUUGUGUAGGAAAUCACCUGAGAGCACGUCCCCUUGCUCGUCUUCACCGUCGAUACUUGUUCAUCCACAAAUAUAG